GACAGGCAGGACCACGCUGCCCAUCCCGCCUGGGGCUGCAGCACCCCACUCUUCCUCUGCUGCACAGGGAGCCCCUCCAGCACCCGGAACGAAGCUGCAGAGCUCUGCUGCCACGUGCAUGAGUGGAAAGCAGAGGAGAGGCCAAAGCCCAGCGUGCCCCUGGCAUCCGACUGCCCAGCAUCCUGCCUUCAUCUGACCUGGGUGAGAGAUAGGAUGGUAGCUGGGGAGGCGAGUAUGCGCAGCCCACUCCUGGCCUGCUGGCAGCCGAUUCUCCUCCUGAUGCUGGGAUCCAUCCUGUCUGGCUCCGCCACGGGCUGCCCGCCGCGCUGCGAGUGCUCUGCCCAGGAGCGCGCUGUCCUGUGCCACAGGAAGAGGUUCAUGGUCGUGCCGGAGGGGAUCCCCACCGAGACCAGGCUGCUGGACUUGGGCAAGAACCGCAUCAAGACGCUCAACCAGGAUGAAUUUGCCAACUACCCUCACCUGGAGGAGCUGGAGCUAAAUGAGAACAUUAUCAGUGCCAUUGAACCUGGGGCUUUCAACAACCUCUUCAACCUCAGGACGCUGGGGCUCAGGAGUAACAGGCUCAAGCUGAUCCCCUUGGGGGUGUUUACUGGACUCAGCAACCUUACCAAGCUAGACAUUAGUGAGAAUAAAAUUGUGAUCCUCCUAGACUACAUGUUCCAGGACUUGUACAACCUCAAGUCUUUGGAGGUGGGGGACAAUGACCUUGUCUACAUCUCCCACCGGGCCUUCAGUGGCCUCAACAGCCUGGAGCAGCUGACCCUGGAGAAAUGCAACCUGACCUCCAUCCCCACGGAGGCCCUGUCUCACCUUCACGGCUUGAUUGUGCUGCGCCUGCGCCAUCUGAACAUCAACACCAUCCGGGAUUACUCAUUCAAGAGGCUGUACCGGCUCAAGGUCCUCGAGAUCUCCCACUGGCCCUACCUGGAUACCAUGACAUCUAACUGCCUCUACGGGUUGAACCUGACCUCCUUGUCCAUCACCCACUGCAACCUGACGUCCAUCCCGUAUGUGUCGGUGCGGCACUUGGUUUACCUCCGGUUCCUGAACCUGUCCUACAACCCCAUUGUUACCAUCGAGGGCUCCAUGCUCCAUGACCUGCUCAGGCUGCAGGAGAUCCAGCUGGUGGGAGGGCAGCUCACCACGGUCGAGCCCUUUGCCUUCCGCGGCCUCAACUACCUGCGCAUCCUGAACGUGUCAGGGAAUUUGCUGACCACCCUGGAGGAGUCGGCCUUCCACUCUGUGGGCAACCUGGAGACGCUCAUCCUCGACAACAACCCCUUGGCCUGCGACUGCCGCUUGCUCUGGGUUUUCCGGCGGCGAUGGAGGUUGAACUUCAACAAGCAGCAGCCCACUUGCUCCACCCCCGAGUUCGUCCAGGGCAAGGAGUUCAAAGACUUCCCUGACGUCCUCCUGCCCAACUACUUCACCUGCCGCCGAGCACGGAUACGGGACCGCAAACCUCAGCAGAUCUUUGUGGACGAAGGCCACACAGUCCACUUUGUCUGCCGGGCAGAUGGGGACCCGCCUCCCACCAUCAUGUGGCUGUCUCCCCGCAAGCACCUCAUCUCAACCAAAACCAACGGGCGGCUCACUGUCUUCCCUGACGGCACGCUGGAGGUGCGCUACGCCCAGAUCCAGGACAAUGGCACCUACCUAUGCAUCGCCAGCAACGCGGGUGGCAACGACACCAUGCUGGCCCACCUGCACGUGCGCAGCUACUCCCCAGACUGGCCCCACCAGCCCAACAAGACCUUCGCGUUCAUCUCCAACCAGCCCAACGAGAGCGAUGCCAACAGCACGCGCGCCACCGUGCCUUUCCCCUUUGACAUCAAGACUCUCAUCAUCGCCACCACCAUGGGCUUCAUAUCCUUCCUGGGCGUCGUGCUCUUCUGUCUGGUGCUCCUCUUCCUGUGGAGCCGGGGGAAAGGCAACACCAAGCACAACAUUGAAAUCGAGUACGUGCCACGGAAGUCCGAUGCGGGCAUCAGCUCUGCCGACGCGCCACGCAAGUUCAACAUGAAAAUGAUUUAAACCAGGCAACAAUUUGCAAAUAAUAAUGGUGGGUUGGUUGGUUCGGUUUUGUUUUUUUUUUUUGUUGUUUUUUUUUUUUUAAAAAAAGAGAACAAAUGAACAAAAUAAAAAAUAAUUUAAAAACAUUGCUACAAACAUACCGACCUCUCUCCUUCCACCAUGUCCUCAGUCCCCAUCCAACCCCACUGCAUCCGCACUGUCACCACCUCUUCCUCCUCCCCUUCUUCUUUAUACCAGGAAAAACAUUCAGCUGAUGUCUUCAGGACUCCUGUGUUUGUAAGGACUUUGUCUGAUGGACUCUGGUGUCAGAUAUAACUCUGAGAGGGAAAAAAAAGCGGGGGGUGGGGUGGGGAAGAAAGAAAAAAACCCAAGAAAUAAAAUCAAUAAAAAGUUA